AUGACACCUUCUGGCAAAAUUGGCGGUCUUCGAGCCCUCACCUUGCAAGCAACAGGCAUGAGUGCACCCUGGAAACCCCCACCUUAUGCAGCCGAGGAUGUCGCUCGGAUCCCUCUCACGCUCGGCAAGGGCCUGUACCGAGUGGCAGCAGAACUGACCCUGCCAGCCUCCGUUAAGCCAUCCCAGAAGUACCCCUGUAUCAUAUUCAUCGGCGGCUCCGGCCCCAUGGACAAAGAUUCCACCAUUGGCGCCCUAAGACCAUUCAAGGACAUGGCUGUUGGUCUCGCCAAUCGUGGCAUUGCAUCCUGUCGGUUCAAUAAGUUUACGUCCACGAUCGCUGGGAAAUUACUCACGCGCAACGCGACAGUCACGCUUACCGAUGAGUACGUCUAUCAUGUCAGAGAUGCCAUUCGCAGGGUCCGUCAACACCCUAGUAUCCAAGACGACAGGAUAUUCCUCCUGGGCCAUAGUUUGGGUGGGUUGAUCGCUGCUCGUCUUGCGGCUGAGCCCUCGGUAGCAGGCUGUAUCAUUAUGGCAUGUCCGGCGCAACCGCUAUACCGGUGUGCUAUUCGACAACUGCUCUAUUUCAAGAGCCUUGAUGAAUGUGCAGGGCAAUCUUCCAGUGAUGAGCUAAGUAAUACUAUUGCGGCGCUGGAAAAGCAAGCAGAACUUGCGGAUGGUCCGGCUUUGACCUCAACGCCAGCCAGCCAAUUACCAUUUGGUCUUGUCCUGGUUCUGCAGGGUGCACGGGAUUAUCAGGUUACCGUCACCGAUGACUAUGCGGCGUUCUAUGCAAAGUUCCAGGAUCGUCGUAAUGUACAGUUUUGGCUGUACGAGAAGUUAAAUCACUUGUUUGUACCCGGGGAAGGGAAGUGUACUCCGGCCGAGUAUGAUAUUGGAGGAAGUGUGGAUGUGGCUGUUGUGGAUGAUAUCGAGCGAUGGAUUAAGACUGUUGAUUCUACUUGA